AGGCUCAUAAGAGUUUAUAUGUCAUUUACACUCAGUGAGAAAACGUCUCUUUUUAAGAACAAAGAAGACAGAUGAGGACGGUGCUGUUUGACCUUGAGAUGGUCUUUAUAACCAAUCGUGAGAAGACGUGUGACAAGGCACAGCUGUACCUGGCCUGUUGAAAGGGUAUUGGUUCAAGUCCUAGGAAGAGCCCUGUGGAUGCAAUCUUGGAGAAGCCUUUCUCUUGUUGUUAAAUGGACUUAUUUACGCCGAGUUCACGAACUCCGAAAUCCCUCCGGCAGUGAAAAAUCGGGGAAAACUGCACGUAGUCCACAUGGUGAUGGUCGGUGCAGCAGUCAUCGGCCGGAUUUUGGAACGACUGGGUCUCUGCCAUCAGGUCGUGUUCACCCGGGUGGUAAUAAGCUGGUUCAUGGUACGUAAAAGGCCAGCUCCCCCUGGGUUACGAAUCAAAGACCUCAUGUUUGGAGAUGUGCCUGUUCGCACAUACGAGCCUACAGCACCCUCCACUGGUAGGAGAAGAGGCCUAGUGUACUUCCACGGUGGAGGCUGGGUAAUGGGAAGCAUUGGCACGUCAGAUGAAAUGUGCAGAUACAUUGCCAAAGAAUCAGAAACCGUUGUUGUCUCGGUUGGCUACCGGCUUGCUCCCGAGCACCGAUACCCUGCCCAGCUGGACGACUGUGAGGCUGCCACCUGCCACUUUUUGUCUGUGGCUGAGGCCGAAUUUGGAGUAAAUCCGCACCGGGUGGCUGUGGGUGGGGACAGCGCCGGUGGGAACCUUGCAGCAGCCCUGUGCCUGCGACUAGUGCAGGGGGGUCGAGGCCACCUGCCUCUGCCGUGCGCGCAGAUUCUCAUCUAUCCGGCUCUGCAGAUGGCUGACUUCAACCUGCCUUCGUACCUGCAGAACCACGCCGUGCCCAUUGUGUUCCGGCCCCGCGUGGCAUUCUAUUUCCUUCAGUACCUCAAUGGGGACGCGUCCCUGUGCAAGGCUUUGCUGGAGGGGGCCCACGUCCCUGCAGACCUGAAGGUGCUUUAUAGGCGUUGGCUCUCUCCAGAUAACCUCCCACCUGAGUUUAGGGAGCCAAGCCGGAAUGUUACGGAUCCAGAGCCAUCCUCCCACGACGGAGAGGUGUAUCACCUCACUUGUGUGGGUUUGGAACCCUUUGUCUCCCCGUUGCUGGCAGAAGAUGAUGCACUGCGUCGCACACCACCCACCUUUAUCCUCACCUGUGAGUACGACGUGCUAAGAGAUGACGGGCUCCUGUUCCGCAAACGACUGUUGGAUCUCGGUGUGGAUGUCUCCUGGCACCAUGUCCCUGAUGGGUUCCACGGAAUCAUCAAUUUCUUCAACGUGGGCUGGUUGACCUUCCCAAGCUCCAGGGGGGUCAUGAACAGCAUUGUGGACUAUGUGAAGACACUUUAAAUGGGAAGGGGGCAAGUUCCAGGAAUCAAGCAGGUUGACACAUGCUUUGAUGUGGAAUUUCUGCCAUUUUAAUGUUCCUUCUUCUGGCAGAUUGGGGUAUACUGGGGUUUUAAUUAUACCUAAACACUAACACACUCAAAUAACUCAGUUAUUUUCCUAACAGAGCUAACAGGAAGUCUUCUCUCUUGGCAUGGAGGUUGUCAGUUUUCAAAAAAAGCUGGAAAAACAAAUUGCCCACAUACAUACACUUCUCUCCUGUUAACCUGUCCUAAUUCAUUUCUUAAAGCCAAUCAGUACUGAAAGACCAGAUAGCCCAUCCAUUCAAGUUCAAUAACUGCUUGUCCUGAGCAGGGUUGCAGUGAUCUGGAGCCUAUCCCUGAACAGGGCACCAGUCCAUCACUGGAAGGCCAGAAGAUGAAAAUAUUAUUCCAUUAUUUUUAUCUGGAAAGUUACAGCUUGUUCUAAUUCACUUUUGAGUAAUGUGUGUGUCAGCAAAGUUUUAUCAAACCACGCAAAUGUCCAAAAAAUGUUUUUACAUGGUGGGUGGGUGACUGAGUACACAGUUAGUCUAACAUUCCCAAAAUACAGCUGGUUUAACAGUCACUCUCACACAGCUUGCACCAGCUUUUAACACUGGUUUCAGCUUGUCCUGCUGGACCAAGUGUUGCAGUUCGGAACGAAUGCAACAUACCAUAUAACAUUAAUCUGGACCAAUUAACAAGAAUCGGUACUGGAAAUCUCAGACUAGAUAAUAAGAAAAACCAGAAAUUGGGAAACCGGAUAAUGAGGGGUGAGUGUACAAAUUAAAAGGCUCCCAGGCUGUAAUUGUGCUGCAAGAAAGACAGUGAUUUAUAGUGAUUUGUUCUGGAUAUAUUACCAGUCAUUAAUAUUACUUCAGACUAGUAAUCAGUUCUGCUGCGAGGUGGGUUUUACAUGUAUUCAUUUAGCAGAUGCUUUUUUCCAAAGCGACACACAACUCAGAGUGAACAAAAGUGCAUUGCACCAACAGACAUAUGAUGCAGAAAACAGUUAACUAACUCAACAACUCUUUUUCUUGGUUGCAGUAUCAAGGUGCUUACAAUUAUUUACCCAGCUGUGUGAUUUUG